AUGGAUACGGUAGAGGUUACGAAUAAGGCCAACAGCUUCAGCAUCGAGACUUUUACAGCUCGCUUUAUGGCUCUUAAGAUUUGUGCUGAAAAUGAUUGGGAAGCGAUGCAAGAAAAGAUAGAGCAAAGCGCGGAAAUUGAUGAUGCUUUAGCUGAACUGCAAAAUGGCCUAAAUCAUUUAUUACGCCAUAAAAAUCUGGAAGAAAGAGCUGAAAGUUUACGGAAGAUGCGAGACAGUAGAGAACAGCUGUUGAGAAUGGAAUAUGAGGAGCUACUGAAUCGUGUUGCAAUAUUGAAGUCGGAUCUUGGUAAUUAA